AAGAACCGCAUUUAAGACUCAAAAGAGGAGUGGAGUAUUGGUGGUAGUGUUAGAAAUUCCUAACAACCUCCAUUAAUAUUUCCUUGCUAUUGACCAAGGCAACGCAUUCACCUAAAUCAAGAACUGGACCUUCUUCUGGUUAUUCUCUCACUGAUUGAAUCUUCAAGCGGAUGCUGUGAACAAUUUUAAGUGACCCAUUUCACAGGAGCUGAAAGGUUUUAAUUUUUCUUUUCUGGGUAGCCCAACGGAUUGGUGGGAAGUUUUUAACUUUAAUUUUCUGGGUAGCCAAACGGACAGUUAGGGUUCCUUUCCCCUUUUUUGCUAGUGUGGAUUUUGAAGUUUUCGGUUUGCUGCUCUUUUGGGGUUUGGAAAGUAGUUGUGAUGGAAUUAAAACUGACCCUCCUGCAAUUUUAUGUGCUUUUGACUGCUCAUGUUGUGCUCCAGUUUGUGGUUUCUGAAACAAUAUCUAAUAAAACAGUUCAUGCUUCAGUGGUAGCUUCCAAGAAUGAAAGCAGUAGAGCAUGGUGUCAUUCUGGCUGGGACAUCAGUCCAAACAAGAAUAAGUGCCUGAAAUAUUUAGAAAGUUCCCUACCAUGGGUCGAGUCAGAGACCCUCUGCAAAAGCUAUGGUGGACAUUUGGCAGCAUUGACAUCUUCUCAAGAACUAACUUUUGCUAAACAGCUGUGUGGCCAAAUUACUAAUGGCUGCUGGGUUGGAGGAAGAGCCGUUAACUCCACUGUUGGUUUUGAUUGGAAGUGGUCUGAUAAUUCAUCAUACUGGAAUAAGUCAAUAUUUUCCGGGGCAUCUUCUGUUUCAAACUGCACCAGUUUAUCAUGCCGCAAUAAUACAGGGGCUGGUUUUUGUACCUUGGUGAAUAAUAGAACCACAUGUCUCGUGGAAGAGAGAUGCAACAUGUCUCAUGCUUUUAUUUGCAUGCUUGAUGUUGAAAACAAAUGCUACCACAUGCGCUGUCACAGGGAAUAUCUCAUUAUCCUUGCAGUUGUUAGUGGGUUGAUUCUCUGUAUGAUGUUAGCAGUGGUCAUUUGGCUUCUUGCUUGCAGACGUAGUAGGAAGCGAAGGAAGUCCCGCAAAUUAUAUAAUCCAGCAGCUUCUGCAUUGGUUCCACUGUCAUGGAAAGUCUUCACUUCUGAGGAACUGAGGUCAAUUACAAAAUAUUUUAGUGAAGGAAAUCGACUUCUUGGUGAUGCAAAAGCAGGUGGCACAUAUAGCGGCCUUCUCCCUGAUGGAUCAAGGGUUGCAGUUAAGAGAUUAAAGAGAUCUGGUUUCCAAAGGAAGAAGGAUUUCUAUUCUGAGAUCGGAAGGGUUGCGAGGCUUCAUCAUCCAAAUUUGGUGGCUAUUAAAGGAUGUUGCUAUGAUCAUGGUGACCGCUAUAUCAUUUAUGAGUUUAUAGUUAAUGGACCCUUAGAUAGAUGGCUUCACCACAUACCAAGGGGAGGGAGGAGCUUGGAUUGGGCUAUGAGAAUGAAAAUAGCUACCACCCUCGCUCAAGGAAUUGCGUUCUUGCAUGACAAGGUUAAGCCGCAUGUUGUGCAUCGGGAUAUUCGUGCCAGUAACGUACUCCUUGAUGAAGAGUUUGGAGCACACUUGAUGGGAGUCGGUCUCUCGAAGUUUGUUCCAUGGGAAGUAAGGCAUGAGAGGACGGUGAUGGCAGGGGGUACAUAUGGGUACCUUGCACCAGAAUUUGUUUAUAGAAAUGAGCUUACAACGAAAAGUGACGUUUACAGCUUCGGAGUUCUGCUGUUAGAAAUAGUCACUGGUCGUAGGCCUGCACAAGCAGUCGAUUCGGUGGGUUGGCAAAGUAUAUUUGAAUGGGCUACACCUUUGGUUCAGGCAAACCGAUAUCCUGAGCUCUUGGAUCCUUUCAUAUCUUCAUCUUCUUCAGAAAUUCCACAUGCUUGUGUGAUUCAGAAGGUGGUGGACCUUGUAUAUGCUUGCACACAACAUGUGCCGUCGAUGCGUCCGCGAAUGUCCCAUGUUGUCCAUCAGCUACAGCAACUGUCGCAGGCAGCCAUUUUAAGAUGAGGGCAAACCAUCCAGCUGAUGCCCUGGAGAUUUUCUGACCAACUACAAGAUAACUGCAACGGCAUUCUUUAUCCGGACCGUUGAGGGCUUCACGAAAUUGCAGAAUAGUGAGAGGCAAGAGUUGGACUAACAUAGAUUGUAGUUUCUUAAAUGUUGUUGUAGAUUGUCCAUUUCCUUGUAAAUUAAGAAUGCACGCCCCCUCUUUACUAGGACAACCAUUUGGUCGAUUCGACCCUAAUUAAAAUUUGAGUAUUUAUAAAAA